CCUGUAAAACCGUAUCUGUGUUCUUCAUAUGUAGAAUUAUAGUUUGCUCUUCUUAUGUCAAAUAUGCUUUUCUGCUUACGAUGGAGCAAACACCUCUUGUAGGCUAUGUGAACGCGCGUCGCUGGAUUGGCAAACCCUGGGUUGAUUGAACUAGUUGUUAACCACCGUCGUGACACAGUUUAUGCGGGACAGCGGUUGAUAGGUGAAGUCGGGUAACUGAAGGAAAUCCAGAGCAUGUUGAUCUUGAUUCGUAGCUACAGUCAGGACCCUCAUUUGAAACAAGCAGUUUGGAAUAUGUUUGAAGUUUUACAUCCAUCCAUUUUUUUUCUUUUUCUUCUGUAGAUGUUUCUGGUGAUUCUUAAGCUUUUGUCAAUGGGAGCAACGGAGCUCGUGGGGUCCUCCUCACUACAGAAGGCGGGGCGUGGAGGUCUUUUGUUAUCAAGGCUAACCGACAGGAGUGAUGUCGAACAUGAAGUCCGUCACUUAACAGGGAGCUUUUGGGGGGGGCGGAUUCGAGUCACUACAGCUGCCGAAAAGGUUUAGCAGGGAGGCUGGCCACAAAAGAGGGGGGCACGCUGAACAGGACGUUAGGAUGACCUUGGGUCCGAGGAAGCGGAGCGGCGGCGGGGACGGGGGCAGUCACUCGGAGCCCCAAGACUCCCACUCGGGUGUGGGGAAAGAUGCAGGAGGAAGCUCUGGGGUGGCUUUGAAAAAACAGAUCGGCCUAGUCAGCGCCUGUGCCAUUAUAAUCGGCAACAUCAUUGGAUCAGGGAUUUUUGUGAGUCCAAAGGGGGUCCUGGAGAAUGCUAGCUCCGUGGGUGUGGCCAUCAUUGUGUGGGUUAUCACUGGAGUUAUCACAGCCAUUGGUGCUCUCUGCUAUGCAGAGUUAGGUGUGACCAUCCCCAAGUCAGGGGGAGACUACUACUAUGUCAAGGACAUCUUUGGAGGAUUGGCAGGGUUUCUGCGUCUGUGGAUUGCAUUGUUGGUUAUCUACCCCACUAACCAGGCUGUGAUAUCUCUCACUUUUUCAAACUACGUCCUGCAGCCCCUCUUCCCCUCCUGCCUCCCCCCAGAGAGUGGCUUACGCUUGCUGGCUGGUGUCUGCCUGAUGUUGUUGACGUGGGUGAACUGCUACAGUGUGCGCUGGGCUACAUGCGUCCAAGAUGUCUUCACCGCCGGCAAGCUUUUGGCCUUGGGUCUCAUCAUAGUCAUGGGUGUCGUCCAAAUAUGCAAAGGUCACUAUUACUGGCUGGAGCCAGCACACGCCUUUGAGACCUUCCAAGACUACAGUGUCGGUCAGAUAGCUUUGUCCUUCCUACAAGGUUCCUUUGCUUAUGGAGGCUGGAACUUCCUCAACUACAUCACAGAGGAGUUGGUUGAUCCAUACAGGAAUCUACCACGUGCAAUCUUCAUCUCCAUCCCCGUGGUCACCUUCGUUUAUGUGUUUGCCAACGUGGCCUACAUCACAGCCCUGAGCCCGCAGGAGCUGCUGGCCUCCAAUGCUGUGGCAGUGACAUUUGGAGAGAAAUUGCUAGGAGUUAUGUCAUGGAUCAUGCCCAUCUCUGUGGCGCUCUCCACCUUCGGGGGGGUCAAUGGCUCCCUCUUCACUUCGUCGCGGCUGUUUUUUGCCGGAGCGAGGGAAGGCCACCUCCCACGUCUGCUGGCCAUGAUUCACGUCACACGCUGCACUCCUAUCCCAGCUUUACUGUUUACUUUGAUUUCCACUCUGCUGAUGUUGUGCACCAGUGACAUUUACACCCUCAUAAACUACGUGGGUUUCAUCAACUACCUCUUCUAUGGGGUCACUGUCGCCGGGCAGAUUGUGCUGCGCAUCAAAGAGCCCGACCUGCAUCGACCCAUCAAGGUGAGCCUGAUAUGGCCAGUAAUCUACCUGCUGUUCUGGGCCUUCCUGCUGGUCUUUUCCCUUUACUCUGAGCCUGUCGUCUGCGGUAUUGGUCUGGCCAUUAUGAUGUCUGGUGUCCCUGUAUAUUGCCUAGGAGUAUACUGGGAAAACAAGCCGCAGUGUUUUGAUAUUACUAUUGGUAAAAUGACUCAUCUGUGCCAAAAGCUCUGUUCGGUGGUCUAUCCAGUCAUGAAGGAGAACGUGGAGCCCCAUGGGCCUCAAAACAAAGAUGGAGAAGAUGACGAGCCCUCAAACGGCUGAUUGAUGAUGUGCAUAAAAAAAAAACAGACAAUGUCUCACGCUUUUUUUGGGAGGAAAAGGCACUUUGAGAAAACUCUCAGAAAAUUAGCAUACAUAUUCACUUGUUUUACAUAUUCAUUUGUUUUACAACACUGGACUUUCUAGCUCUAUUUUUGACUGGCCUUAAGGCUGACCACCAUUUCAGUGUAUAGCCAGGGAACAAAUGUUUGAGAUGAAAUAUGUCUUACUCUGUGAAUUUAUGAAACAGUGAAAUUUUGACAUCACAUUAAAAUUUAAAACGUCCUUUUGUUUUGCCUUUU